AAAGGCGAAGGGGGCGGCAUUCUUAAAGUCGUAAGCGAUUGAAGCAGCGCGCCACUGCGUCUGCGAAGAGGGACUCGUCGACCGGUGCCAGGCAGUCCCCCCCCGUCCCGACCCCAAUCACCACCUCUCGGUGGCGGCAACAGCGUCAGGAGCGAGCCCGUUAUUAACAAAUCCCUCUUCCCCGUGGGACUCCUUAAUGCGCACGUGAAAUAUUGAGGACCUCUGAGCAACUCUGCUGCUGCGUGUCUGUGACCCCCCGUUGUGUCGCUCACGCCUGAGCACGAUGAUGAUCCGGAGGACCUUUUGGCUGCUGGCGGUGCAAGCGUUAUUGGCCGUCACUGUGAGAUGUCAAGACGAUGCACCCCUCGGGAGCUGUGAGGACGAGAUCGGGCAGCUGCACGACAACAAGGACGUGUGGAAGUCCGAACCGUGCACCCUCUGCGUCUGCGACAAUGGCAACAUCUUGUGCGAUGACCUCAUCUGCGAGGACCUGAUGGACUGUGCAAACCCCGUCAUCCCCGAGGGGGAGUGCUGCCCCAUCUGCGGCGACGAAAACGGCGCUGCCAAGCUUCAACUCACCGAAGAGCCCAAGGUGGAGGUGAAACCGGCGCGUGGGGGCAAGGCAAAUGCUCGCCGUCCCGGUCGGCCACCCGUCCCCAGCCAGCCCGAGAACGGAAGGCGGCCGGUGAUUCCUGUUCCUUCGUACCCGGAGUCCGUUGGGCCGUACGCAGCUCAGAUGGGCGGCGGCUACAAGACGGAGUCGACGGAGACGGGCGCCCCCGGCCCCAUGGGACCUAGGGGACCUCCUGGCCUGCCUGGCCCUUCGGGCCCAGCUGGAUCUUCGGGAGCCCCAGGAGAGCCUGGAGAGCCAGGAGCUUCUGGUCCCGUUGGCCCUGUUGGACCCGUUGGGUCCCCAGGCCGUGCUGGUGAAGACGGUCACCCCGGCAAGGCUGGCAUCUCCGGCGAGCGCGGGGCUCCCGGUUCUCAGGGCGCGCGUGGCUUCCCUGGCAACCCCGGGCUGAGCGGCAUGAGGGGUCACAAGGGCUACGAUGGUCUGGAUGGAAACAAGGGCGAGGCUGGCAGCGCUGGACCCAAGGGUGAGCGUGGACCAUCAGGAGCGAACGGAGCUGCUGGUCUUACGGGACCCCGUGGAAUGCCCGGCGAGAGGGGACGUAGCGGCGGCGCCGGAUCUGCUGGAGCUCGUGGUGCUGAUGGUGCCCCUGGCCCCGCCGGACCCGCGGCCCCAUCGGAGGUGUCGGUGUGCCCGGCUUCCCGGAAGCCCCGGAAACAAGGUGAGGUCGGCCCCGCUGGUGCUAUCGGAGCCGGUGGAAGCAGGGACCAGCGGGAGAGCCCGGCAUUGGCGGAGGCAUCGGACCUGCAGGCCCUGCCGUGGCACGGCUGCCUGGGAGACUCCGGACCUGCCGGUGGCCCCGGAUGCCCGGACCUCGUGGGCCCCUUGGGCCCCCCCGGUUCGUCGGGCCCUGCUGGACCCGAGGCAUUGCGGUGA